CUUUAACAGUAUAUAUAUCACAAAAUAAUAAAAUUCCUUUGAAUUUUGGGGAAAGAGAAAGUGAGAGAUAAAGAAGAAAAAGAAAUCCUCAAAUCAAUAAUAAUGGAGUUGCCAAAUGGUGGUGUUACGAAACCAGAGUCUCAAAGUAAAGAAAGACUCGCAAUUUUCGAAUUGGCACACAUGAUUAGUGUUCCUAUGUCACUGGUAGCCAUAAUCAAACUGAAAGUUCCUCAAACCAUUUGGCAAGAAGGUUCCAACACUCCUCUCUCCGCUUCGGAAAUUAUCACACGUGUGCAUCCCCAUGGUAGCGCUGAUCCACACAAUCUUCAACGCAUGCUUCGCUUGCUCACAAGCUUUAACAUCUUUGUUGAGCAUCUCAACCCAAAUGGUGAGAGGAAGUACACCCUAACUGACAUUGGUAAAACCCUUGUUGAUGAUGAUGAAGGUCUAUCCUAUGCCUAUUACAUGCUCCAACAUCAUGAGGAUGCUUUGAUAAAUACUUGGCCAUUCGUGGCGGAGGCAGUGGAGGAUCCAACAACGGUGCCGUUCAAGAAGGCUAACGGCGACGGAGCGAUGAGCUACUACUCAAAACGGCCGAAUAUGAUAAACUUGUUUGGCAAGGCCAUGCGUAGUGUGUCCGUACCAUUCAUGAGGGAAAUGCUAGAGAACUAUGAUGGAUUCAAUGGUGUUGAAUCAUUGGUUGAUGUUGGUGGCAACUAUGGUGAUUGUUUAGAAAUGAUUAUGCAAAGGUACCCUAAUAUCCGUAAGGGCAUCAACUUCGAUUUGCCCCAUGUCGUUGCUCAUGCACCACCUCUUCCAGGAAUAAUCCAUGUAGGUGGUGACGCCCAUGAAUUUGUUCCCAAUGGAGAUGCUAUAUUCUUAAAGUGGCUAGUUACAACAUCGACGGACGAGGAUACCAAGAAGGUGUUUGAGAAUUGUUACAAGGCACUUCCAAAUGGAGGGAAAUUGAUUGUUGUUGAGCCCGUGCUGCCAGAGUCAACGGAUGAAAGUCAAAGAACAAGGACAUUGCUUGGUGCUGACGUGUACAACAUGACUAUGUACAAUCCUAAGGGGAAGCAGAGAACCGAACAACAAUUCAAAGAUCUUGCCAAUUUUGCUGGCUUCUCUUCUUGCUGUGCCUUCUAUGUUGAUCCUUUCAUGUCUGUUCUUGAGUUUCAGAAAUGAUCAAAAGGCUCACAUCAUGUUUUAGUAUUAUAUGUGUAGUAGUGUCAUGUUAAUCAUGUCCUUGGCGAAUCGUGAAUUAAUAAAUAAUGGGCAUGAAUAAUUGAAUUAAGAACAUUCUACUGGGUACUAAUAAUGGUUUUUAUGAACAAGUUAAGUGUUUUAAGCA